CAAACUUUACCAAUUAACAUACCAUGAAUGCAAACACGUUAUUGUUGCCUUCACAAUAGUCAAUUCGUAAGAGAAAACAUCAAAGGUUGGUUUUGAUCAAGCGCAGUAAAUAAUUUGCGAGGAAACGAAUAUUCGAUUGARUUGUGUCGUGUUACGGAAGGACAGUCGUUUGUCUGACCUCUACGUUAAACAGUUUCAGAUUUCUUCUUCAGACGACAGGAAAGCCCUGCCAUGAUUUACGGGAUUCGACGUUCAUUGCCAUACUUUGCUUCAAGCUAGUCAGUUAUCAACCUAAAGUAUUGUUUUGUAUAUUUUACCAAUGGGAUGAGCUUGACAAGUUCUAUCUAUGCAUUGACUCAAAUCAGAGAUGUCUAAAUUGUCCUUUAUGCGUUCCAAAGUGGUAGAUAGCUCUAAACUUCACAGGAAUAAAGAUUGGUCGAGUGAAACAGACCUGCAUCGUCUUCCACCAUUAUCACCACCUGUSCCUAUWAGCCCUCGACUGUCGCGUAAAGGAAUUCAUGGGAAACAAAGCCCAAGACCUCCAACACCGAGCCCAAACAGAAAUACAMACUUUCCUACUAACGAUAAAACACGGUUAGCACCGCUGUCUCCAUCAAGCUCAAAUCAAAGACUUUCUUUAAAUCUUGACCUCAUUACUUUAAAAGAAGAAAUUGUUGCUUCUGAAGGCAGAACUGGCAGCCCCCAAAGCCCUCGAGAAAGAAUCCCUACAUGUAUAACGGACAGUCCGAGAAUGCGUGUUCGUAGUUUACCCUCAAGUCCGCGGGGUACACGGUGCUUCCAUGCAAGUGCAAAGCGCUUAAAUAGCGACCCAGAAAACUGUUUAAACCACUCGAAAGAGGAUAGAAUCAUGGAGUGGAUUCGAGAUAUACAGAAAUUUGAUGACACUGUAGAAAAUGAUGACGUUUUAGAAUAUUCUUCGACAAGUGAUUGUAGUGAUCAAGGCAGUAUUCCCGGCGGCAUUCUUCCCGCCAUACAAGAGAAUACAGUGCUGAAUUCACACUCAAGCUAGCUAACGUUAAAAAAAACUGGUUGGUUAAGAUUGUUCAGUUUUAAUUCUUGAUUUAGAAUUAAUUGUAACUAGACUUUAGUCCUGGGAUUUUACGCUUGACAAGGUCAAACUUUAAAGUGUAACUUUUGACAACUUUUUAAUGAAAAAGAAGCUUAAUGCCUGCCYGACAAUGUCCACUUGUGAGUGAAAUAUCUUCACUCYUUAAGGGAUUGAACAAUUCUAUUAAAAGAGUGCGUUUGGCUUAUAAAAGCUAAAACUAUAAAUGAUGUUUUCUGAAAUAUACUGACAUCUUUUUGUCAACAAUAUAUUUUCUAAUGUUUACUUGUGAAAUUAUUUGUUAGCGAUUAUACAGAACGUUAGUUGGAUAUUAGCAAUCGAUAUUAGCCAUGUAAUUUAGGUCAUUUGUUCUGUAAUGAUAGUACAAUGACAGACCUUUAAUUUGUAACAAAAAAUGCAACAAUAAUUGUAAAGUCUCAUUUAUGAAUUUCUGACUUUGAAACAUCACAGAAUCGCAGAAUAUCAUAGUGACGKCUAGUGGUC